AUCAUUUGACCUUGAACAGUCAUAGUAAGGUUGUUGGUUUAAAAAAAUAGUCGGAUACAAGGCUUUACCAAUCAGCUUACGUGAAUGAAAGAAAAAGGACCUUGUGAAGAACAGAAGGCGGAUUUACUAUUCUGUUUACUACGUAGUUCCUGUUGUCAAGACGUAUGUCCUGUUAACGUCAUACCAUGUUUUAGAAAAAGCUCACUCCUCGAGAGUGUUUAGAACGUGAGAACUUUCCUCGUGAGUGUGCAUCACUCAGGCACGCUUUUUACCGUUGCUGUCUUCAACCAGUAGAUAAAAAGAUUAGGUUGUCUGGUCUUAAAUAUAGUACUUCCAAGUAGGACAUACGAGUGUCAGAUAUUUGCUUAUUUUAUGAGUACCAUUUGUUGAUCUUAAGAAAUGGCCGUUGCAUUCGUUACUGUUGGCACGACUUCAUUUGAUGGGCUGAUUAAUGAGGUCAAUAAAGUCGAAUUCCAUGAAGGUCUUUCAAGAUUGGGAUAUAAAGAUCUGAUAAUACAAUAUGGAAGUGGAUCUGUCGCACCCCGUAAUCCGGAAGAUAUUUGUGCCGAAAAUACUGAACAUUUGUCUACAACUCCCUUCUUACGCAUCAAAUCCUUUCGAUACAAAGAUUCUCUUGUUGAUGAGUUUAAAAGUGCGUCAUUAGUUAUUAGUCAUGGCGGCGCAGGCACUUGUAUCCAGGCUCUUACUCCAUUUGGAAGUCGCCGACUAAUCGUCGUUGUAAAUGACACGUUGAUGGAUAAUCAUCAAGAGGAACUUGCACUUACUCUGUUGCAAAGAAAACAUGCUCUAGUUUGUACUCCUGCAUCACUUAACCAUUUGAUAUGGACAGGUAAUGAGUCCAGUUAUCCUUCUCAGUUUUUGUGCAAUAAGAAUAUGCCAUUGGCUGAAAUUAAGAGGUUAUUGGGCCCUGAAAUUCCACCAGAGCAAGCUGGCUUUGUUGGCUUUACUCGUGGUUCUCCAGAAAAGUUGUUGCCUUACAUUGAAGAACGCUUAUCGACUUUUUCCUGAUAUUUGGUCGUCUAGACUCUUCCUAUUUUUAUAUAUUAUUCUAGUGCCCUCUUAUAUUUUGUUCCCUUUAGUUUUUAUGCCAACGUAUAGACUAUCUAUAUUUGAUGUCAUGUCAUUAGAUUUCAGUUUCGAUACCUUCCCCAUGUAAAUUCCAGUUGCUUCAAAGUUUAUUAUUGGAUAGAAACGUAAUGAUUAUGAAAUAUACAACUAACUAAUGAGUG